ACACAGCCUCCACAAUCUCUAUCGCAUCGCAUCGUAUCGCUCAACAUGCCGUGUCACAGUUUCCACGGCCACGCCCUAGCCCGCCCCUUCUGCCACUACCCCAUGCGCCACUUCCAGCACCCCUACGUCUUCCAGCACGGCGCCUGCCAGCCCCACUACUACGACCGCCCCUGCUACACCCAGCCCUUCGUCGAGCACAACCACCACCCGGGCCCGUGCGACUGCACUUUCCCCUACGGGCCGCCCGCGAUCCUUAGAGGUGCUGCUGCUCCCCAAUACGCCGCUCGCGACGUGCAGACUUCUACACCGCACUUCGACGUCGACGAGUCGCCCUCCGCCUACUUCGUCAAGAGCUACAUCCCAGGCUGCCACGAGAACGACGUCUCGAUCCGCUGGGCGGACGACCAGGCGCUGGAAAUAGAGGGUGUGAAUGCACAGGGAGGCGGCCGUGGGUGGCGGAGUGUUUUGAACACGGGUCGCUUGUCGGAGCAAGGGCCUGCGGACGGAGCGACGAGUGGGUUCACGCGCCGGUUUCAGUUCCCGGCGCAGGUGCAGAGGGAAGGACUUCGGGCGCGCGUGGAUGAUGGCGUUUUGCAGGUUAUGGUGCCGAAGGCCGGGGAGGGGUCUGGUGGAAGGGGCCCUGAGGAAUGGGGCGGGCCGGGGGUGGGUUCGAAGAUUUAGGAUGUGGGAUUAGCAGUAAGGAUGAAAAUGAAAGAGGGUGGAGUGUACAGAUUCAUGAGGUCUGGUCGCCCACGGCUACAUUGUUCGGAGAUUGAAGUACUCGGACAUGGAAAAAUGAAGGUUGGAGAAAGACUUAAGAAUGCCUUAGAAAAAGCCAUGUAAGGGACAUCAAAAGUUGGAGAAGGGGAAAAGUGCCCCUCUGAAAAGACACAAAAGGGACAUCAAAAGUUGAAAAGGGCUAAACAACCCCUCGGAAAGGCGAAAGGGCUAUCGGAGCAUAAAGUGCAGCUCCCAAAACGAAAGAGAGCCAGCCGCACUUCGGCACGCCAUCGCAGUCCGCAGAGCCUCGUCUCGACUGCGCACCUGUAUGUAGGCAGAUGUCACUCAACUCACCACUCAUAACCUCUAUAGGUUGGUGACUCAAAUCGAAGAAAAUCGACCAAUCAAGCAAUCGCUGAGACAAACCAAACACCCCGUAUCCGUGUUUCUAUGUAU